UACUCGUUUAUCUCCGCCAAAAUUGGAGCGGAGGGAUACAUUCUGAUCAUGGGAGUUCGUCAUCCGGGGACUGAGAAGAUGUUCUUGCCUUUAUUACAAUGUUGAAUAUUGGGAAACGUCGAUUGAUUUUCGGAGACGGCACAGUUAGCUUGAAAUCGUUUGUUGGUUGUGCUAUGGAUUUGUGUGAUGGCAUUGAAUGGGGAAGGUACGAUGGGUUCAUUUGUACGCUUUUGAUCAACGAUAUCUACCUUGAUGGAUCAGAAACAAACUCAAUUAAAUGAUGGAGGGGUAUAAAGUGUUGCUGUUCCCUUGAUUUUGGUCUUGGAAUUUUCUUCUCACCACACACAUACACUGAGCUUUUACUUCUUUUCGCUCCUCGCUUUUUAUACAGUACUGCACUACUGCUAUAUAUCACAACACAAUACAACACAUUCGCUGCUUACAAUCCAUUUGAAUCUCAAUUUAUUUCUCACUCUCAAUUCAAUUCAAUUCAAUAUCCUCAAUCACAAUCAAUCUUUCACCUCACUAGUUUACACACUUCACCAGAAUCUCACAUAUUCAACCGCAAAAAUGCACAACAAACUCCUCCUAACAACCUUCGUCCUCCUCCCAACCCUCUACGCAGCCCCAGCACCUGCCUCAGGUACAGAAAAUUAUUCUCCUAACUAUUCUCCUCCAUCUGUCUCCGUCCCGUCGCUUCCUUUCCCCUCCGCUCCAAGUAUUCCAACCACUGGAGGAAGUGGUGGCGGCGCUCUUGCGGGACUAGGUAAUCUUGGGGGCCUUUUGGGUGGGCUUCUUGGUGGACUUGGUGGUGGUGGUGGUGCUGCUGCUGCUCCUUCUGUGCCAGUCCCUGCUGCGCCAAGUGCACCGGCGUUGCCUUCUAGUAGCUAUACUCCUGCACCUGUUCCUCAAGCUUCGGCUACGCUUCCAGCUAUUGGUGGUGGUAGUGGAGGUGGAUUGUCAAUUGGUGGUGCUGCAUCAGCUUCGGCUACACUUCCGGCUGUAUCUGCCACGCUUCCAGAUGUUGGAGGUGGCUCAGGAUCGGGCUCGGGAUAUAAUGGUGGUGGAAAUGGUGGAAGUGGACCUGGCGUAUCUGCUUCGGUUCCAGGCGGUCCAGGUAUUUCGGCUGGUGUGGGAACUUCGGAUGGAGUCACUGCUACGCUUCCUGGUAUUACCGUUUCUGUAACUCAACCUGGUGGACCAGCUCUUCCUACUUCUGUAGAUGGUGGCUCAGGUGGUCCUGCCGGAUCUGUUUCUGCUGCUUGUCUAGCUAAGGAUUUAUCGACAUAUUCGUUGGUGAUUGCUACAAACAUUCCUCAAACAACUACUAUCAUCUCGCAUUUCACGAUUCCAAUUGUUCAAACUAUUUCCACGCAUGUUGUGCAGGCUAUUUAUCAAACCAUUACCGUCCCUACUACUGUUUUGAAGACUAUUCAAAGCACUGGAACUACUACGAUUGUUGCCACUUCUAUCAGUACUAGUGAGUUUUCCCCUCCCCUUUUCCUUCCUGUCCUGUUCUAGUAUGGAGAUCUUGAAUUAAUAUGCGAGAUUAGGUCUUCAAACCUCUCUUACUGCUAUUUGUCAAGGUGGUGGUAUUGAUCCAGCCCCAACUUUUCCAGGUGGUUCCAGUGCCAAUGGUGCUGCGAGCUCAAGUGCACCAGGUGCUACGGUUAGUGUUGGACUACCAGGUGGUGGUAGUGGAGGCAGUGGAAGUGGAGGAAGUGGAGAUGGAGGAAAUGGUGGUGGAUAUUACUCAAGGAUCUGAAUUGGUUGACGAGUGACAAGUUUAAGUAUAUGGGAUGGGAUAUUAUGGGUUCAGAUUGCUCUAAUUUUGACGUCGGAUUUUAUGUUGCACAAGUUGCUAUUGUCAUUUUGGGGUCCUAGAGGAGGAUACUUUGAAAGAGUUAUGGGGGAAAAUACAUUUGUGACAGGAGCUGAGAGGGCUUCUUCUGGUGGAUAGUAUAAAUUGAUUGAAAUUCAUCACAUUUAAUGGAUUUGAGGUGUGAAUGGUUUCAAAGUUGGCGAAAAA